UGUUUGCAGGCCCUCUGUCCCCAGCAGCCCAGGGCUCCCCCUCCAAUGCAGGCUCCCUGGGUGCUCUCUCACAAGCUGAUGGCUCAUUAUUCCAGCUGCCUGCUGUGCAUGCCCCGCCAGGACCUCAGCCCCAGCCAGAUGCACAAAUGAUACGUCUGCUUGGCCUGUCCACUCGGACUUGAGUGUCCGUCUUCAAUGUGGCAGCUCCACCUUUCCAUCCUCUCAGGCAAAGUCCUCAGGUGCAUCACUAAUUUGUUCCUCUCACAAACCUGUCAGCCAAUCUUAUUGACUCUAAAACGCCAUACAAAGAACAUUCAACCAGUUACCACCCUGAUCACACCCUUAUUUUCCUCCUGGAUCAUUAUGUUAUUCCCUAAAUUUACUCUUGUCUCCUUAACGCCUGUUUCCAAAAGUCAGAUGAUGCUGUUAAAAUAUAAUUUAGUUUCGCCCCUGCACAAAAUCCUGUCUUAGUGCCCUAUUUCAUUUAGCGGGAAGGUCAAAGUCCAAAGUAACCUACACGCUUGCUCAUGAUUGAGCCUCUGUGAUGUCUCUGUCUUCACUCGAGCCACACUGGUCUCCUGGGUUCUCAGAUUUGCCAACCCUGCCUCACCCCAGGGCCUUUGCACUUGCUGCUCCUUCAGCUCCUUCAGCACGUUGCCUGGAUGGCCACAUAGCUCCCUCCCUCACUUCCUUGCGGAUCUGCUCAGAUGCCAUCUAAUUCAGAGGCUACCUGCUCACGCCUUGUAAAACAGAAAGCCACUCCUUGCUCCAGCCGCUCCUUAAUCAGUAUGCUCUGCUUUCCUUUUCUGCAUGGCCUGUGUCUGAUCUGACAUAUAUGUUCUGUCUCCUAUCACAAGAAUAAUAUGUCCCUGAUGGUGGGGACUUUUGUCUGUUGUGCUCACUGUUGUGUCCCAGCAGUGCCAGCAGAAGUGGGCUCUCCAAGAACCGAGGAGUGAGGACGCCAGUGGCAGGACUCAAACAUCUAGCUCUGAAGCUGGGCCUGGCUGGGCAACAGGGGUUCCCUUGACCCCUCGUCUGUCUUUCAUCUUUCGACCGCUACAAUGAGAUAUGUUCCAGAAUUCAAAAAGUCCCCCUCGCAUAUCCUGAAGAAAUUUGCAGUGUGCGACAUUCCUCUGUACGACAUAUGUGACUACAAUGUCACCAGAGAUCGGUGCAAGGAACUCGGGUGCUGCUUUUAUAAAGGUGUCUGCUAUGAAAAAGCAGUUCCCUCUUAUGUGCAGGUGUUUUCUGCCUUGAUCGUGAUCAUCGCCGGGGCCUUUAUCAUCACCAUUAUUUACAGGGUUGUUCAAGAGAGCAGGAGAGAAAAGGGAGUCUCUACAGAAAUGCCUUCAUCAUCCAAGGCCAGUGAUAAAAUUGAGGCAGCUCCCUCCAGUGGGAAGACAACAUCGAAAGUUUCAACUACCAAAACAUUGGAGAGGAGUGGGGAAACUGAAGGGAAGGAUGCAACAGUGACAAUAAUGGAUGAUGAAGAAACUGAGGAUUAAAAUCUAUGAUGAAGAAAAUGUGAAGAUUAGCAGAAAAUAGCCAAGUGAAAUGUUACACCUAGUGAACCACUGUUAAAAUGUGUGAUAGAAUGACCUCCCAAUGAGA